CGGCAGGGAGCAGAGUCCGUGGGGCGGGCGGGGGGCCGCGGCGGCGCCAUGGCGGCAGUGGGGGGGGCCCCGCUGGCCGGCAAGGUGGCGCUGGUCACCGCCGCCACCGACGGGAUCGGGCUGGCGGUGGCGGGGCGGCUGGCGGCGGCCGGGGCCCGGGUGGUGCUGAGCUCCCGGCGGGAGGCCCGCGUGGCGGCGGCCGUGGCCCAGCUGCGGCGCCGGGGUCUCGGCGUCAGCGGCGUCGUCUGCCACGUGGGGCGGCCCGGCGACCGGCAGCGCCUCGUCGACACCGCCCUGGAGCGCCACGGGGGCAUCGACAUCCUGGUGUCCAACGCGGCCGUCAACCCCGUCAUGGGCAGCGCCCUGGAGGCCGACGAGGCCGCCUGGGAGAAGCUCUUCCAGGUCAACGUCACGGCGGCGGCCAUGUUGAUCAAGCUGGUGGUGCCCCACAUGGAGAAAAGGGGGGGCGGGUCCAUCGUGCUGGUGUCCUCAUUGGCCGGGUACAUGCCCUUCCCGGCGCUGGGCCCCUACAGCGUGAGCAAGGCGGCGCUGCUGGGGCUGGUGAAGGCGCUGGCCCCCGAGCUGCGGCCCCGCGGCGUCCGCCUCAACGCCGUCGCCCCCGGCCUCAUCCGCACCCGCUUCAGCGCCGCCCUGUGGGAGGACGAAGCCACCAGGAAGCGGGUGAUGGCGGCCAUGGGCAUCGACAGGCUGGGCACGGCCGAGGACUGCGCCGGCGUCGUGACCUUCCUGUGCAGCCCCGAGGCCGCCUACGUGGUGGGGGAGACCGUCGUCGUCGCCGGGGGGGCCCCCUCCCGCCUCUGAGGCGCCGCGGGGGCUAUAGGGCGCGCGGGGGAGCCUAUAGGGCACAUUGGGGUGGCUAUAGGGCCACGUUGGGGGUCUGUAGGGGACACGGGGGCUCUAUAGGGCAUCUGGGGGGUCUGUAGAGCACGGGGGGGGCUCUGGGAGGGUAGUUGGGGGGCCUAUAGGGCACAUUGGGGGUUUAUAGAGACACAUAGGGGGUCUAUAGGGCACUGGGGGUCUAUAGGGGACAUAGAGGGCUCUGGGGGGCACCUAGGGGAUCUAUAGGGCAGGUUGGAGGUCUAUAGGGGACAGAGAAGGCCCUGGGGGGCCCUUAGCAGGUCUAUGGGGCACAGAGGGGGUCUAUAGGGCACAGAGGGGUCCUUAGGGGCACUUAGGGGGGUCUAUGGGGCACAUAGGGGUCCCUGGGGGCACUUGGGGGGGUCUAUGGGGCACGUGGGGGCACUUAGGGGGGUCUAUAGGGCACAGAUGGGUCGCUAGGGGCACUUAGGGGGGUCUGUGGGGCACAUAGGGGUCCCUGGGGGCACUUGGGGGGGUCUAUGGGGCACGUGGGGGUGCCCGGGGGUAUUUGGGGGGGCUGUAGGGGAAAGCGGGGUCCCUGGUGCCAUUUUGGGGGGUCCCAGGGGCAUUUUGGGGGGUCCUGGAGCGGUUCAGGCAGUUCUGGAGCGUUUUGGGGGGUCUGGGGGGUCAUUUGGGGCCGUUCUGGGGCAUUUUGGGGGGAUUCCGGAGCGUUUUGGGGGAUUCUGGGGCAUUUUGGGCGGUUCCGGAGCGUUUUGGGGGAUUCUGGGGCAUUUUGGGCGGUUCCGGAGCGUUUUGGGGGGUUCUGGGGCAUUUUGGGCGGUUCCGGAGCGUUUUGGGGGAUUCUGGGGCAUUUUGGGCGGUUCUGUAGCGUUUGGGCCCAAUAAAGCGGCGACGGCCCCCGC